GCGAAGGUCACGGAUUUGGGCACAAUGGUUAUUGAGGGUGUGGACUUCAGCUUUGUGGACUCCGCCAUUAAGAUCCACGACCGCAUGCUGUGCUACCCGGACGCCUUCAAUGCCAUUCAGAAGAUGGAGAUGGAGUUUGGCAAAGCAUCCUGCCUCAACUACAUCCGCGUGUUGGAGGUGAUUUGCAUGAAGGGGAAGGAGCCAGAGCAGUUGUGGAUUCUCAACACCAUCUUGGACUACAUCUUCCAGUUGAAGGAGAUCAACAACCGGGACCUCUCAACCCGCGCCCUGCAAGGUACAUCGAACACUCGUGGGUUGCUUGAUGUCUUCCUCACCAAGCGGAAGAUGAUGCUGUGGAUCACAGAUCACUUGGCCUCGAAGAAUGUUCCGCCUGAGUGGAUCGACGUGAUGAUGGAUCUCCAGACCCAUGCCCAGUUUCGUUCCAAGGUUGCAGUGAGUUCUCGUGGAUCCUCAGCGCCUGCCGACCUCUUUGCAAAGGAGCCCUUCAGCGACAUGAUGAAAGACUUGAAUGCUGCCCUGGAUGCGCACAUCCACAAGUCCAAAAAGAAUGAGGAAGAGGUUGUGGCACCCACCGUUGCCAAGGACUAUCUCACCACCUUCCUGCCCGACGGUGUCGAGCACUGCCCUGAGGACCUUGAGGAAGACUUUUCCUCUCACAUCCUGGUGGACCGCUUCGUGAAGUUCAUUCCAGAAUCCAGAAUGAACAAAGAGCAGUUUGAUGAGGGUGAGAUGUGCCUGCUCUUGGACGGCUCUCGGCAGAUUUCCACCUCCAUGAUGAGCUGCUUUGUUCGUGAUGAUGGCGCUCACUUUGAGAACAAGACGAGGUCAGAGUUCGUGGUGCAUUACGACGAGAAAUCGAUGAAGGCGCGGAAGCACCUCAGCCGCGGCUUGGUGACCUGUCACGAGGGAAUGCAGGUGCUUACCAACGGUGCUUUGAGUUUGCCUGCCAGUCGCACCAGGCUCUACGGUGGAAGCAACAUGUCAACUUCCAUCGGGCCAGUUGUCCUUGAGCCUGUGGAGAACAUGUGGCUGGUGCCAGCUGAGAAGAAGAAGAUCUACGAGGGUGGCAACGCGAAAGUCUUGGCUGGUGGCGGGCUCCCAGACGCUCCUGCCAAGACCCAGCUAUCCGGAGAGCCAAUGACUUACCACGCAAUGCCGGUGAAAUUCUACCGAGAGCUUCUGCAUUCAUUCUGCGCAGGUGUGGUUUUUUUGUUUGUGAUCCAGAUUGGGGCGAUGGCAGCGGUUUUGGCUAAAGUUCCUUGCGUGGCCCUGGUCUACACAGCUGAGCAUGGAGCUGCGUUGCGGGCAAGGCUGACCGAAUUUGUCGUCAACCAGUUCCAGCUGCAAAGCUCGCCGAUUUACCGCAACGGCGAAAAGAAUCAGAAGCGGAAAGAUGAUGGUGAGAGUGGCGAACGAAACCAGACCACCAAGAAAGCCAAGACAGAUAUCAUCGAUGCGUUGAUCAAAAUGCAGGAUGACAAGGUCGCCUUCCUGGUUGUGAGGCCCAAGCCUUGCCCACCGCCAGGUCGCAACGCUGUGGUGACGGUGAUGAAGGCCUGA